UUCUCAUCAAGACGAUUGCAGCAUUCCCUUUGCGCCAUUGCCAAUCAUGCCUCCAACUACUCCGCAAGCCUGCGAUUUCCAUCCGAAUGAUAGCAUUGAUCUGCCAAAAUGGCUCCCAUCCUACAGUCGUCAAAACAAUUUCCUAUGCUCGGACGGGGAUCAAGAUUUCUCGCCUCUGGCAUGUCAGCUUGGGAGUGGAAACGCGGUGUUUGACCAUGAUGGGAGGUUCAUGGAAGCAUCACCCCCGAGCAACUAUUUGACCAACGCCAACCAGACGACAGAGCACCAUAAUGCCCCAUCACCAGCAAAUGUCAGUGCCGGCCUCGGACGGGGAGCCGCUGCUACAUCAUGGUCUUCGGAUCUGAGAGCACAGGUUGAGACCACCAGCAUACCUCUACAAUCAGCCACAGACAACCACACGAGUCUACAAAGUCUUUUCGUACAUCCUAUCCAAGAAGAUGCGACGCUGCCGAGCCUCAACUAUGAGCAAGAGGCAACAUUUGCACCAAAUUAUACGGGGUUUGACACCCAGACAGUCUUGUUUGGCGAUACAACCAGCGAAACCCCUUUUUUCCAGGAAGCAGUUAUGCCGCGGUUCCAUGUGCGAUCCCCGGUCAUGCCUGUUCCCUAUGGCUCGGACGGCCAGGGCCCAGCAUCGCUGCCUGGAUAUGAAUUCCAGCCAUCAUCCUUGGGACCAGACUUUACCUCGUACCAGCCUGCAGUUGAUUGCGUAGCGCCUCAGCAGGUCUACCCGGCUUUGGCAGCAACAGAUCAUGUUGACACGUCGGAAUACCCGCCUUUGCCAGAGCUGGGCAACCUGUCAUACCAGCCAUUCCAAGACUCCGAAGACUUCUACCGCGAGCUUCAGGACGCCCACUACCCUGAGUGGUACAUUGAGGAGCAAGCCCUGUCUUGCGCUCGCGAGGAGACGCCGACCUUUCAAGGCACCAACGUUCGGACCGGAGGACUUUCGAUGACAUCUCUGGCCCAUUCACCAGCAAGUAAUAGACAAUUCGGACCAAGAAACGGUCAGCGAGACACUUCAAAAGAUGAGUUCUUGGUGCGGUGCAAAGCACGAGGUAUGUCAUACAAGCAAAUCAAAGAGCUUGGCAAGUUUGAGGAGGCUGAAUCAACGUUGCGUGGGCGGUACCGCGCUCUCACGAAACCGAAAGAAGCGCGACUGAGAAAGCCAGAGUGGGGAGAUCGAGAGAUCGUACUGCUUUUCGAAGCGGUGUCGCAGUGCUCCAAGACUGAUCUACUUGCCUCCCCAUCCGACCAAGGGCUCGACGCGAUUUCCAUGGGACAGUUGGUGAACAAGGUCCCUUGGAAACAAGUUGCAGAGUACAUGGAAGGGAGAGGGACGUACAGAUACGGGAAUGCUACUGUCAAGAAGAAAUAUCUGGAAAUACUGAAACUGCGAGGCGCCGCAGUUCAAAGACCACCAAGCAAGGCCUAAAGGUGCCACGCACGUGGACCAAGAGGACCGAGACAAUGUGCU